AUGAGCUUGGGCAGGGAAGAUUGUGAAGAUGGAAACAACCUUAAGAAACCGUUCCUAUACACUGGUAGCUGGUACAAAAUGGGAUCAAAACAAUCCAACAUCUUGAACUCUUCAACUCAAUAUGUCCUACGAGAUUCAUCUGUUUCUGUUCUCUUCUGUGUCCUCAUUGUCGCAUUAGGCCCUCUUCAAUUCGGCUUCACAUGUGGUUACACUUCUCCAACACAAGAGAGUAUAAUCAGUGAUCUAAAGCUCUCACUUUCCGAGUUUUCUCUUUUCGGAUCUUUAUCAAAUGUGGGAGCCAUGGUGGGAGCCAUUGCUAGUGGUCAAAUGGCAGAAUACAUAGGACGCAAAGGGUCAUUGAUGAUUGCUGCAAUCCCCAACAUAGUAGGAUGGUUGGCCAUCUCCUUUGCCAAAGACUCGGCGUUUUUGUUUAUGGGGAGGUUUUUGGAAGGUUUUGGCGUUGGAAUAAUUUCUUAUGUGGUGCCUGUUUAUAUAGCUGAGAUUUCACCUCAAAAUAUGAGAGGUACACUUGGAUCAGUUAACCAGCUAUCUAUCACAAUUGGAGUGUUGUUGGCUUAUUUGUUAGGCCUUUUUGUUAACUGGAGAGUACUUGCAGUUCUAGGGACUUUGCCGUGUUUAAUAUUAAUACCAGGAUUAUUUUUCAUACCAGAAUCACCAAGAUGGUUGGCGAAGAUGAGAAUGACGGAAGAAUUUGAGGCUUCUUUGCAAGUGUUACGAGGUUUUAAUACUGAUAUAUCACUUGAAGUACAUGAAAUUAAGAGCUCGGUUGAAUCAAUAGGAAAAGGUGUUACAAUCCGGUUUGCAGAUCUUAAGAUGAAAAAAUACUGGUUUCCUUUAAUGGUAGGUAUUGGAUUACUUGUACUCCAGCAAUUGAGUGGAACCAAUGGAGUGUUGUUUUAUUCAAGUACAAUCUUUCUAAACGCAGGAGUUUCAUCUAGCAAUGUUGCUACAGUUGGACUCGGUGUUAUUCAGGUCAUAGUUACAGGAAUCACUACUUGGUUGGUGGACAAAAGUGGAAGAAGACUACUUCUAAUAAUAUCCUCAUCUAUAAUGACAUUGAGCCUUUUUCUUGUUUCUAUAGCAUUCUAUCUCCAGGGAAUCACAGAGAAGGAUUCUCCUAUAUACAGUUUUCUGGGAAUACUUUCUGUUGUCGGGAUUGUGACUAUGGUGAUUGGAUACUCUCUUGGAAUUGGACCGAUUCCUUGGCUUAUCAUGUCUGAGAUACUUCCGGUGAAUAUAAAGGGUCUUGCUGGAAGCAUAGCGACAUUAACAAAUUGGUUAACUUCAUGGAUAAUCACAAUGACUGCAAACUUGCUUUUAACUUGGAGUAGUGGAGGAACAUUCUUAAUGUACACAGUGGUAGCUGCUUUUACUGUUGUUUUUGCAGCGGUUUGGGUUCCUGAGACAAAAGGAAGAACAUUGGAAGAAAUUCAACUCUCUUUUAAAUAG